GCAAAUCUUAGUACACGACAAAAAAAAAGUUAAGCUUAAAUUACCUAAAAGCCCUUCGCCAUGUCUUCUUUUUACAAUCUUGCAAUCCUCUAUCUUUUUGUGUCUGUGUUAAGUUCGUCUUCCAUGGCGGAACUGGUUCAAGAACAGCCCCUCGUGUUGAAGUACCACAACGGUGCUCUUCUCAAGGGUAAUAUCACCGUUAAUCUUAUCUGGUACGGGAAGUUUACUCCCAUCCAACGCUCCGUAAUCAUCGACUUCCUUCACUCCCUCAACUCCAAUCGUCCACCACUUCCCUCCACCUCCUCCUGGUGGAAAACUACAUUCAAGUACAAAGGAGGUCCAUGCAACCUCGUUCUCGGAAAACAAACUCUCCUAGAAAAUUACCCAUUUGGAAAAUCUCUGAAAAACCCUCAUCUACGGGGUCUAGCUGCAAAAUCCAACGGCGUUAACUCCAUCAACGUCAUUUUAACGGCGAAGGACGUCGCCGUUGAAGGGUUCUGUAUGAGCCGCUGCGGGACUCACGGCUCCAUCCCUUCGGGUCGCGGAUCGGCUCGGGGUGCAUAUAUCUGGGUGGGGAACUCGGAGACUCAGUGCCCCGGCCAAUGCGCUUGGCCCUUCCACCAACCCAUCUACGGCCCGCAGACUCCUCCUCUCAUCUCCCCCAACGGAGACGUCGGCGUUGACGGGAUGAUCAUUAAUCUCGGCACUGUUUUGGCUAACACCGUUACGAAUCCGUUUAAUAACGGGUAUUUCCAGGGCCCAUCCACCGCGCCGCUGGAGGCGGUGUCUGCUUGCACGGGAAAGUUUGGGUCGGGGGCGUAUCCGGGAUAUCCGGGUCGGGUUCUGGUGGAGAAGACGACGGGGGCGAGUUUCAAUGCUUACGGGGUUAACGGGAGGAAGUUUCUUCUCCCUGCGAUGUGGGACCCUGAGAGUUUCGCGUGUAAGCCGCUGGUGUGAUUGUUGAACAUGUGGCAGUGAGUGAGGAGGGAGUAUGUGUAUAUAGGUGGGUCGGGUACGGGUUGAGGAUUUUGGUUUUCUGGGUUGAUGUUUAUGUGUAAAUUCUGUUUUUCCUUUGAAAAAUAAUAAAUAAUAAAAAAUAUAUAUAAAGAAUCUAAAGGGAAUUGGUGUAAAGUGGGAUUAUAAUUUGUAGGGCAAUUUUGUUGUUUAGUGGGUAAUGAUUUUUAAGAACGAGAAUAAAGUUUGGUGUUGUGAUGAUGCCGGAGCUGUGGGUCCUCCCACACCCAUUAUGGCAAUAUGGGGAUCAUCUCAUUUUUUAA